AUGCCCGGAGACGGCGCGCUAGAGAUCAAGAACCCCCGGCGGAUCCUGGCCGUCUGCUUGGAGGAUGCCACCCAGCAUUUAACUCGGGUGGUCCAAGAACUCACAGGCUCCGCACCAGAAGCAGCAUCUACAACACUAGCAGGCUCAACCCACGACCUGAACCUCAAGACGGCGUACUACACCGCCGUGGUCCCAACCUGGAUCGACCUCAUCGCCUCCCCAGAGGAAUGGAGCGCCUCGUUCCUGUCCCCCGAGGCCCGCGAGGUCCUCACCGUCCUCGGCGGCCUGGUCCUCGUCUUCCCCCUCUCGGGCGCCCAGCCGACCAGGGACGUGAUCAAGCAGGUCGGCAGGGUCGUCAAGGAAGGCCUCGGGGGCUGGGAGUGGGAUGGCGUGGGGAUCGCCGUCGGCGUCGGCGAGGGCGAGACGGAGGAGUGGGAUGAGCUGUGCGCCGAGGCGGGGCUGGAGUUUGUCCAGGUGACGGGGUCGUCGCGGGAUCAGGGGCGCAACGAGUUUGGAGGCAAGUUUUACUUUUCUACAACCUGGCAUCCCUCUCCGUCAAACAUGGGGAUCACAUGGCUAACGAACACGGGGGACACAGAGAAGAUGGGAAUUGCAAGGAUCCUGGAAGCCCUCGAGGCCAAUGACUGGGAACAAGGCGCAGGGCCGCUCUCGGACUUUGGAGACUUCGAGGGAGGCGAUGGCGACGGGGGAGACGACGAGUUCGACCCCGAGAGCCUCGACUUUGGUUUCGACAGGGCGGAUUUCGAGGGCAUGCGCAUGGAUAUUCUUGGCGCUGGACGGGACAGCCAGGGCGGCGACGGGGAAGCGUCGAGGAUGGCUGAAGGGCUACGCGGCAACAAGAGCGAGGGUCCCGCAGCCGGGUCAGCGUCGGCACCAGCGGCUACGGAGAAGCCGGAAGGCGAAAAGAGCACGGAAGAGGGAGGGGACGACGAGGAAUUGAACGAUGAUGAUAUCGCCAAGUUGGAGAAGAUGAUGAGGAAACUACAGGCGGCAAAGGAGGCGGGUGAGGGGAUGAGCGAGGACCAGAGGAGACGGAUGGCAGCGAGGGCAGUGGAAGAGGUGAUGCGGGAGCUCUGA